GUCAAAGAAUUUCUGAUUUGAAGGAAUAAAGGGAUUAUGUUUUGAUUUUAGUCAUAAUAAUUUAAUUUUGACUAUUGUACUGUAUUCUAACUUUUUGUACUGUAGUCUAUUAUAAUUAUUGAAUAUUGAUACCAUUUUUAGUGGUAAUUGUGGUACCUAAAUACCAUAGGUCUGAUAAUGUACUCUGGUCUCUGGCACCAAUGCCAUUCCAUAAGGAAAAUUUAAAAUCAUUUGAUAUAAAGUUGUAAUUAAUGAAUUUCAACAAUGAUUUAUUUACUUAUUACACCUGGAUAAAACUGGUACUCAAUUGAUAUUCUCGUCAUGAAUGGACUAGAAAUUGACUUGAUUCAAGUUCACAAUGGAGAGCUUGAUCGUCGCCCCAAAAUAACCUGUGCAGGAGAGUUGGAAGUAUUUUCCACUCUUGAAGACAAUCUUACAGAAGCUCUUCCACAAGAAAACUGUGAAUGGAGGCGAACAUUUGGAAGACCAGUUCGAUCUGUCCAUAUAGGAGCUACAUUUCUUCCUUAUAGUCUGGAAGCUUUGCCCAAAGGCAAUCAAUGGGACCUUAUUAGACAACCACUAUUUCAUAUAUACUUCACUGAUUGCAUGGAUGUUGAUGUUUAUAAAGCUUCAGUUAAAGAAGAUAUAGAAAAUUGGCUCAAAGAUCUAAAUGCUAAAGAUAUAAAUGAUUGGCUGAUAGUGGUAGUUGAGAGUUUUGAUGGAAAACGUUCUAAUAAGUUGCUUCCUAGAACAACAGUGUUGGAUAAAAUUAGAGCAGAUUUUGCUGCAAAACAAGGAGAUAGAUGUAUUUCUGUGAUAAAUCCUAAUAAAACAGAAUCAAGGUCUGCUGAUUCUUGGAGAGGCUUAGUGAGUAGGAUCAGACAUCUUUUACUUGUAGCCUAUGGUAAAGCUAUCUGUAGAUUAGAGGAACAUGUUCGACAGCAGAGAGAAAAAAGAAAUGAACCAGGUUGGAGUUUCCUAAAAUAUUUUUCUCUACAGGAGGAAUUGGCUCAAGUUUUGGAAAUGCUGGGAUUAUAUGAUGAAGCUCUUGUUCAAUAUGAUGAACUGGAUGCUUUGUUUUCUCAAUUUGUCACUAAUGGUAUUACCAAUGAGUCAGUCAGCUGGUUGGGUACUUUUCAAAAUCCUUUGGAAAGGUGGCAUGGUCUGAAUCUGAAACAAUCAAAAUUGCCAGAAAAUGCUUCCAUUUUGGAACUGAGAGCAUAUAUUUUUGCAAAACAAGCUCAUAUGCUGUUACUCAUCCAUAAGGUUUGGGAGAUGGCUUCUCGAUGUUUACCAUUUCUUCACAAUUGUACCAGAGAAUUAGUGAUUUUAGAAAUAUCAGCACCAGCAGGUACAGUUUCUUGCUGGUUAUUCUUGGCUGCUAUGGAAGUUCUAGAGACCUGUGAAAGAUUCAACCACGCUGAUGAAGUCGAGGAAUAUUCUCUGCAUACUGCUGCCUUAUGGGAAUAUGCUAGUCAAAAGGUUAAAGAUUUAGGUAAAUUGUGUGGUUUAAUGCCAGGCGGAUCACCGACUUCAGAACAACUUCAUAUUGUUGUGGGGCUUUCAGCAGGAAUGGGAGACAGUCCAGGCACCCCCACAAAUCCCUCGCCAACUGACAAACUGAAGGAAGCUUUGUGUUCUCAAGAGGCAUUUUAUAAGACAUAUUUAGAAUUAGCUGAACUAGCAAUGGGAACUUACAAACACAUAGGUCGCUUAAGAUCAGCCAGAUUGGUAGGGAGGGAAGUGGCUUCUUUUUAUAUGCUCUUGGGAGAAACUCAAAAGGCAGCAGCUUUCUUAGGUGAUGUCCUGAGAACUUUCGAACAAGACGGUUGGCAUGAGCUGGCCGCUCAGACCAACUUGGAAUUAGCGGAAUGUUUCAAACAAGCCCAAGACACUAGAAAGUUCAUCAGCUCUUGUGCCAGUGUAUCGGCUGCAUUAGAAAUCGAUACUCUAAUUCGCUGGACAUACUUCGAUGAGAUGUGUAAAUGUUUAAAUUUGCUUGAAGAACCUUUAAUAGUGCCUUUCAACAAUAUCAUAAAAAUAGUCAGUGUAAGCUUGACGAACGAUGAUCCUAUAAUGCAGGACAGCAAUAUUACUGCUGAACUAGUUAUAGAAUCAAAUUUUCCAAAGGAAGUUCUUUGUACGAAUUUUAUGAUUUCCAUUGAAAGUGAUAAUAAAGACAACAAAAAGAUGAUGGAAAAGUAUUGUGCCAGUAGGAUAUUGACAAAUAGGGACAUGAAACAACAGGAUCCUGUGAUGCAGAGGUUGAGGAUCAAGAAGAAUCUGGACUUCAAACAGGACAAACAACUGGCAUCUGCAGGUGUCGCUUCGAAAUUCACGGAACUGAGGCGAAAAGAUAGUUCACCGAUUCAGGUUCAGCCCGGUGAUUUCAGCCAUUGCCUAGAAGUUAGUAAACUGCCUCUCGUCUUAACCCCUGGACUGAACAUAAUGAGACUGAACAAACAAGCAAACCACAUAGGAAAAUAUUAUUUAGGACAAAUAGCCAUACAUAUAAAGAGCCUUCAUUUAGUUUCGCCUGCUUUAUCGCCAAAGUUGGCUUUCGAGGUCAAGGAAGAAGCACCGACGUUGAAGCUGUACAAAAAGGCGGCACCACUGCUCUCUGGCAUAGAGCAAGUUAUGAACUUGAUUUUGACCAUAGGAAGUUAUCCUGUUGACCCGGAAGCAAAAAUAAAGCUCAUAGCGUCACCAGGACUGACCAUGCAAAUUGCACCCAAGGCUGGUCUCGUCAGUACCCUAGAAAUUGAAGCGGGCAAAAACGUGCCGUUCUCCAGCACCAGGAAACCUCUAAGGGUCCUAGCGGAUAUGUUGACGAAAGAACACCAAGUAACCGUUCACGUCCCAUGGACCUCGAAACCAAUCGUGGUCCCGCUGAGUUUCGCUCCGCCGCUGACUGCAUUUUGGAAGCUGUACACGGUGUUGCACAGGAAGUUCGUUCAAAUCAAUAUUACAGGACAGUGCGAAAAGGAUUUGAUAGUCAAUCAGGCGAAGUUGAAUGUCGGAGGUGCCAUGGAUAUUGUUGAGAAAAACUAUGCGUCUGUGCAAAUUAUUUCUAAUGGUUCAACAUAUUCAUACAUUUGGGAAUUGCUUGUCAAAUCUGAUAUGGAGUCUACAAUUAAAGCAGAGUUUUCACUUGUAUAUAAAUUAGAAAAUCAAGAUGAUGUUAAUAAGCUGUAUCAAUAUUUUUUUGAUAUCACUGAUUUUCAGACCCUGUACAUCUUGGACGCGGCCGUCGAGCCGGCCAAAGAAACCGAGUUCUGCCGAGCCGGCGUCGUCUGCCGCCUCAACCUCACCAUGGAAAACGUCGCCUUACAUCUUCGCGCGCCCGAUUCGACGUCGAUAAUGUACGAGGUGCUGGCGGAACAAAGCGUGUGGGCGGUGUGCGGCCGGACGGCGGGAGUCGUGUCCUUCGAGCCGGCGGAGCGUCUGCGCAUUGUGGCGUUGGACGUGAUGCCGCUGGCCAGCGGCCAUCUGCCGCUGCCGGCCGUGCGGAUAUCGAAGUACAUUCCCGGAGAGACUGGAUCUGCAGUUAUCUUUCUUUUAGAUAUUUUGAAAAAAGGCGAUACUCAUCCAAGAUUAGAACCGUUCAGCCCUGGUCAAGUUUACAAUAAAAGCAAGGGAAAACAAUUACAUGUUAUUGUUAAUUCAAACGAAGGUGUAUAGUGAUCAUAGUAAUCAUUUCAACAUGUCAUAGAUUCCAUUCUUUGUAUUUUGAUAUUUUGUGUGAUCGAUUUUGUGCCAAUUUGAGUUUACUUGCCUAUCACAUACUUUGACUUACAUCACCUAUAUUUAUGUAUGCUAAAACACCACCACUUCACACGUUUUUAUUUGGUUAUAAUUAUUCAAUUAUAGUAGAUUUGUUGAUAUAAAAGGUUCGAAAUACCCUGAAACAAUGGUUACCAACACUACAAUUUGUAGGUAUACCAUAAUGUAUGCAGAAGCAUGCUCAAUGAAAGAUUUUUAUCAUUUUAAUUUUGUACAUAUGUCCAUCAUGGGAUGUUAGUGAUGGGCAAUGUGAAUUUUUUCCAUUUGAAAGAAAAAAUAUAAUGUAAUAUUUUGAAUUCUUAAACUUGUUCAAGUCUUUUACCACAGUAUAUCAUCUUUAGGCGAUAAUGAUAAUAUACUGUACUUUUACCCAUAUUUUCAUGGAUGUGCUUUCAAAGAAAAAAGAAACAUAAUGGAUGUAGAUUGUGGAAUUUUUCAGCACUUUAUGAGAAUGGAUCUUGGAGAUUUUUGAGUUCAGUUCUGAUGAUAAUCGAUUCAAUUUUUACAGCCUCACGUAAUUUUUAAUGAUAAAUAUGUGAAUUUAUUCAUAAUAUAAAUUUCUAUAAGUGCCCAUCACACGAUACUUACAUACCACAUGAAAAUCAAAAGAAUGUAAAUGAAGCGUUAACGAGGAACAUCUUGCAUCAUUAUUGCAUUUUUGAGUUUUUUCAUUCAACUUCCAAAAAUAGCUCAGGCAACUAAACUAGUUCAUAAUUGCAGGAAAUCUGGAAAGUUCGAAACAUAUUAUGGCACUAGUUAGGUUGACGGUCAUGUCAGUUGUCAAUCUUUGUUUCUAAGCAGCGAAGAUUAUUUUACGAUUUCAAUCGAACACGAAUAAAAUCGGCGCCAAUUCCGAAAUUAUUUCAUGAUAAGCACACGUGAAAUAUGUUUGGAUGGUUAGUUGUUGGUGGAAUGCUUCAACAAUGUAUUGUGUCUUUAAUAUGUCUAUUCUGCUUCUUAAGAACGUCUGGACUGGUCUGGACAACUAACAUACUAUCUAGACGGCUAUAUGUCGGUUCCCAACAACCCGAAAAUCUCAUCCAAAUUGCUCGCCUAAGACGUUUCUCCUUAGAAUAUUCAAACUUUCAUUCAUGACUUGAUGUGAUAUUAAAAUCAGGCCGAGUAUUCGUUUUCCUUAUUGGCGUCCGCUUACAAAUAUUCAGUGAACUGAUAAUUUAAUUUAUUCAUUAUUUUGUUGUGAGAUAAAAUAAGUGCUUUUUUUUAUUGUAAGGAUUCGUCAUAUAACAAUUUCAAAGGUGUUUCUUUGUAUAUUAUUAUUUCAAUUUCCUUUUAUCAGUAAAUCAAGUGUAACAAAUGGAAACAUUGCAUAUUCUGUGUAUUCAUUCAGCUGUGCAUAAUUCGCGAGAUUCAGGAAGUGGGUGACAUCUAGGUUACAUAAUACGAACUUCAAACUGGGGAAAAACAAACUGUUGUCUAUGGAUGAAGUGCAUAGACUACAUUGCAAACAUUUACUGUAGCUGUAGUUGUCAAACUUGUCAAUGACAUAAAAGUGUUAUCAUUCUUAUCAGUACACAGUACACAAGCUUGAGUGAGGAUUGAGUUUGUUUUCCCCCAGUUUUGACGUGGCUUCGACAUGGAACGAUGAAAACCGAGCGCCACCUGGUAGCAUUGAUUCCCGCGAAUUGGAAUUAGCGGUCUAGAUAGUAGGUUAUGUGGGUGGCCUAGACAUAGUGUUCCAUCGUCAACUGUCAAUUAAUUUUCAACUUCUUGAUUCUCAAACCUCUAAAUUUAACGAGCAUUAAAAAAUAUUGAAAUACUGAAAAAUAACCAAACCUCAUUGAAAUACUGAAAAAUAACCAAACCUCUCUCUUUUAUUUCCUUGAAAUUAUAUAAUUAUUAUACAGGGUGAGUCAUGAGGAACUUUACAUCCUUCUACCACGACGAGGCUCCUGAGGAGAAUACCCGAUGUCCAUCAGAAAUUGUCUUCUCCUCCUACUUCUUCACCAAAAUAUCGGGUGAUUUAUGAGAUUUGGCAAAAACAUAUUUUGCUCAUAUCUUUCCAACAGCUUCUUCGAUUCGUCUGAAUUUUUUAUGGAAUAUUUUGCUACUACUCCUAAUCGACUGAUCUAUUCAAAAUUUAGAAAAUCCAGGACCGUUCUUUACUAGUUCAGUUUUAAUCAAGAAGUUCAUACUGUAUAUGGUUUUUGUAAACUGUGACAGAGGAUUUUGAAAGGUCACAAACAUCAAAAAUAAAAUAUUCAAAAUUCUUCUCAC